AACUUAGAAUUGCAGUUCCGCAUUCUGGCUGAAAAAUCGUCUAGCUUUAAUGACUAGCGAGUUAGCUGCUUCGCUUGGCGUUUGUGCGUGCUUUAGGGUCCAGUAAUAGCAGCGUGUCUGUGUGAUGCUUGCUAGCGUGGUGUCGUGUUAGCUCAGCGCAAGAUCGAAAAAUAAUAUUACAUUAUAAUGACAGACCGGACCCCGCUUUUGCAUUACCGACUCUCCUGCAGUAUAACUGACGCGGACCGCCUGCACCAUGCACCGGGAACCGGCGAGCGAGAUGGGAGCCAGCUCCGUGGCUCAAGCAGCCGGACACAGACUCCCCAGCCCCAGAAGCUCUCCACCUUUUUCGGGGUCGUUAUCCCGACGUUGCUGUCAAUGUUUAGCGUGGUGGUGUUCCUCAGAAUCGGGUUCGUGGUGGGACAGUCCGGUCUGUACCAGACCAUUGCCAUGUUCAUCGUGGCCUACAUCAUCAUCGGCAUGACCGUGCUGUCAGUGUGUGCCAUCUCCACCAAUGGGGCGCUCGACGCGGGUGGCGCCUACUACAUGAUCAGCCGCGCGCUGGGGCCGGAGUUCGGAGGCAGCAUUGGGAUCAUGUUCUUCCUGGCCAAUGUCUGUGGGAGCGCCCUCUUCGUGCUGGGGCUGGUGGAGUCAAUCAUGGACACCUUCGGGGUCCCGCAAGGUCCCGAGGCAGGGCUGGGCAGCAGCGUGCAGGUCCUGCCACGCACGUACUGGUGGGAGCUGCUCUACGGCACAAGCAUCCUGCUGUUGUGUCUGGUGGUGUGCCUGGUGGGCGCCCACAUCUACGCCAAGGCCACCUUUAUCAUCUUCCUUAUCGUCCUCCUGGCGCUGAUCACCAUCUUCAUCAGCUUCUUCGUGGUCAAGCCCCACGAGGUCACCGUGCCCCUGCUCAACGGCACGGGCACCACCACCGCCAACUUCACAGGCUUCAAGCUGGCCACCCUGCAGGAGAACCUUAUGGGCGACUACACCGUGGACUACACCACGGGCAACUUGAUGACUUUUGCCACGGUGUUCGCUGUGAUGUUUAACGGCUGCACUGGGAUCAUGGCGGGCUCUAAUAUGUCAGGGGAUCUGAAGACCCCCAGUUACUCCAUCCCCAGGGGCACCAUCACUGCCGUCAUGUUCACCUACAUCAUCUACAACCUGCUGUCCGUCAUGGUGGCCUGCUCUUGCGACAGGCUCCUGCUACAGCGAGACUACAGCUUCCUGCGGGACAUCAAUGUCUGGCACCCCUUCGUCACCAUCGGGGUCUACUCCUCCACCCUCUCCGCAGCCAUGAGCAACCUGAUCGGGGCGUCCCGCAUCCUGUACGCGAUGGCCAGGGACGACCUGUUCGGAAAGGUGCUGGCUCCAGCCAAGAUGAUGUCUCGCAGUGGCAAUCCGUGGGCCUCUGUGCUCAUCUCCUGGUUUCUAGUUCAGCUGGUGCUGUUCUCAGGGAAGCUCAACACCAUCGCGGGGAUCGUCGCCAUCUUCUUCAUGCUGGUGUACGCAGCCGUGGACCUGGCCUGCCUGGCGCUGGAGUGGGCCUCCGCACCCAACUUCAGGCCCACGUUCCGCUACUUCACCUGGCACACCUGUGUGCUGGGGAUCGUGGGCUGUGGCAUCAUGAUGUUCCUCAUUAACCCUAUCUACGCCUCGGCCAGCAUCGCCUUCAUGCUGUUCCUGCUCGUCAUCAUCCACUACCUGUCUCCCACCAGCAGCUGGGGCUACAUCAGCCAGGCCCUCAUCUUCCACCAGGUGAGGAAGUACCUGCUGAUGCUGGACGUGAGGAAGGACCAUGUUAAGUUCUGGCGGCCGCAAGUGCUCCUGAUGGUGGCCAACCCCCGGAGCAGCGUGGAGCUCAUCGGCUUCGUGAAUGACAUUAAGAAGAGCGGUCUGUACGUGUUGGGCCAUGUGGAACUCGGGGACCUGGACACGCUGCCGUCAGACCCGCUGCAGUCCCGCUAUGACUCCUGGCUCACCCUCGUCGACAAGCUGAACAUCAAGGCCUUCGUCAACCUCACCCUGGCUGACACCAUCCGGCACGGUGCGCAGCACCUGCUCUUCAUCUCGGGCCUGGGCGGAAUGAGACCCAACACCAUGGUCCUCGGAUUCUAUGAUGACUGCGAGCCCCAGGAUGGGCUGGGUGAGUUUGCGGGCAGCACGAUGGAUACCAGCCUUCCGGUCGAGGAGCCGCAGCUGAACUUUCCACCACUGCGGCGGCUGGCCAGCAGCAAGGCGCUGUCGAUGGAGGAUUACGUGGCUGUGGUGUCGGACUCGGUGAAGAUGCUGAAGAACGUGGCCCUGGCUCGCUACUUCUCCAACUUCGACAGGAAGGAGGUGCUAGGCCGCAAAGCCGUGUACGUGGACGUGUGGCCGCUGAACCUGAUGCGGCCGGACAGCAGCAACUACGUGGACACAUGCAGCCUGUUCCUGCUGCAGCUGGCCUGUGUGCUCACCAUGGUGCGGUCCUGGCGGCAGGCCCGGCUGCGCCUCUUCCUGUGUGUGGUGUCCGGUCGCAGCGUGCGAGGCCCUGAGGAGAAGCUCCGGCAGCUGCUCCGCGAGCUACGCAUCAAAGCAGACAUCCACACUGUGGCCUGGGACUCCGUGGUAGCCCUGCACUGGCACAAACAGGUGGGGAUGAAGCCAGAGGACCAGCUAGAGCUGGAGGAGGACUUUGUGAACAGCUUCCCCAGCAACGCCACCCGCAUCUCCGACGAUUACCUGCAGGCCGUCAACAGGAUGAUCCUGCAGCAGGCCUCGGAGCCGGCCGUGCGCUUCCUGUACCUGCCCCGACCCCCCGCGGACACCAGCCUCUACCGCACCUACCUGCGCCACCUGGACAUCAUGACCAGAGACCUGGGACCCACUCUGCUCAUCCACGGAGUGACUCCCGUCACCAGCACUCACCUCUGAGCCUGCCCUGACCCCCCGCGGACACCAGCCUCUACCGCACCUACCUGCGCCACCUGGACAUCAUGACCAGAGACCUGGGACCCACUCUGCUCAUCCACGGAGUGACUCCCGUCACCAGCACUCACCUCUGAGCCUGCCCUGACCCCCCACGGACACCAGCCUCUACCGCACCUACCUGCGCCACCUGGACAUCAUGACCAGAGACCUGGGACCCACUCUGCUCAUCCACGGAGUGACUCCCGUCACCAGCACUCACCUCUGAGCCUGCCCUGACCCCCCGCGGACACCAGCCUCUACCGCACCUACCUGCGCCACCUGGACAUCAUGACCAGAGACCUGGGACCCACUCUGCUCAUCCACGGAGUGACUCCCAUCACCAGCACUCACCUCUGAGCUGGGGCAGACCAUGCAGAGAGGAGUGUGUGUUAUCUAAGCAUUUUUAUAGUGACACUUUCAUCGAGUGGCAUUAAUCACACUGACGUGUUUAGUUAAUCGAAACCACAGGUGACUCGCAACCAGGUUUUAUUAACUUGAAAGUCUGUUCUGAUAAAGGUGAUAAAUUAGUGAGGCUGAUAUCCCACUUUUAAAGUAAAUUGUCACUUUCUUUGUAUCCUGUGCCAGGGUGAGCUAGGCUUGUAUAAUUACUACCACCACAUCCCUGUUUAGUUAUAUACAUGUACACAUACACAAAAGAUGAAAAGGUUAAAGUAAAACUAUAACAGCCUGCCAAGUUCCUGUUUAUUACAUUGCUUUCGGUUUAAUUCGUUCCAAUUGAUUUAUUUCUCCAGGAUCAAGAAAACCUUUCAGAACGCGGGUCUCAAUGGCAAGGGAGCAGCUGUCACGUUUAGUUACUCCGGUUCUGACAUCCAGACAACCCAGAUCAAUAGACUGCAGUACAUAAUGUUUAAACCGCUAUCCAGCACACAGUGCAGUCCCAGCGUUACAAUCGCAGCCGAUGCUUUGUGUUUGGCAUGAUCAAGUGGCAGUCAAAACCACUGUUAAACGAACAUGCUGACUUGCUGCAGCUCCAGCAGGAUCGUGCUCGGAAUUCAAACUUUUGUCCGAAGCGGACCCUCUGUUCUGAUUAAAUAUAAUAUUGCCUGUCUUCUGCAGGAGGUUUUGUACAACUUGUAUGAAUCUAUAUAAAUGUGUCUGAAGCCUGGCACACUGUUUCCAUCACCUCUCUCAGAGGAAAUAGAUAAAUAUAUCAAAGCUUAGCAGGGAAUCAGAAAGUGAAGCUGGGAAAGCAAUUCAGCCCAAAGAAAAUGUGCGACAUAAAUUUCCCGGAAUGGUUCCCUCUAGUAAAGCGAUAAUCUUGCAAUCCACUCUUUUACAGCUCUUUAAAUGACUCUGUUUAGCAUCAGAAAAUGAAGUAUUAGUCAUGGAGUAUAAUAGCCUGGUGAAAUAAUUACAGUUUGGGCACCUACAUAAACUAGGGUUUUAUAUAUUAUGUAUUUGAUUUAAUACUCUAAUUAUACAUGUUAAUUUUACAUGAAACCUCACGAUCGGAUCUCUGCACUUUCUGGGCAGUAAAACAGAAAAACUGAAAGGGUGCUGGGGUAGCUGACUCCUCUGCUUCUCCCAGCCCAGAUAACAGAGUGGGGAGCGGCAGUCGUGCUGCAAUAGGUGCUGAUGUAGUUUACACCCUUUGGGCUAUACUGUCUGUGCCCGAGACAAGCGAGUUUGGCAGACUUUUCAGGUGUUGUUGAACACUGUGGCCGCUGCCUCCUAGUUCCUAAAGGAAAUGUGAAAGGAACUCUAGUGAAAGCGUGGCAGCGUGGGUACAGCAGAGGGGAGGAAGACUGCAGUGAGCACAAGGUUACAGGACAGCUAACCUGAAGAGCCCCAUCAGGAUCGAAUUACCAUUCCGGUGCGGUCACUGCGCUUCACUGUGUGUACCCAUUUCAGUACAUUCUCGUUUCAGAUAAAGUUAGCAGGAGUUUAGCAGGGGGUGGAUCUUCUGCACACCCAGAGAGGAAAUGAACGUGGUGUUUCAUUGCAGGCUGUUCUACACCCUCCCUGGAAAUCUGGAAACACUGCAGGUUCCUUCCUAGGAGGAUCACAGCGCACUUUCUCAGCGAAACCUUUGCCGGCGCACUGACCGAAGUCCAGGUUUUCAUUUUUCACCCAGAUCUGCCAGCGGAUUGUCUUGAACCUGCCUUCUUGAAUUGGCAGAGCGGCUUUUUUUAUGGGCUGUUGUGUCGUGCAGCUAAUCUUCAGUGCUGCUGCUCCUAGCUGCAGAGACCAGCAGGGACCCUCCUGUUGCUUUGUUUACACCAGCUGUGGUUCCCACUGAACUUGAUUGAUCGACCUGAGAGAGACACUCACAGUACAGGUGCUCUACUUCCAGCGUUCUUAACCGUUACUACAAGAAAAGCUUUGUCUGUUUCUCCUUUUUAAUUGUUUAGUUUUACCGGUAUGUGCUUUUGAACAGCUGUCUGGAAAAUCAGUUUGUGUUUCCAAGAUAAAGGAUUUUGUGACACUGAGUAUGUUGUGUGGACACGGAGUAUAUUGUGUGGACACUGAGUGUUGUGUGGACACUGUGGGUAUACUAUGGUUGUUUGCCUGUUACUGUAAAGCUGUAAAUAUUUGCGACCAAAAUAUUUGCAGAAUCAGACCAAUAAAACCUAUUUUGCUGCAGAAAUGUUGGCAACUUGUUGCAAUAUAUCAAUACACUUGCAAAACCAAGUUUGAUAUUCGUGCCAAAAAUGUUUGCGUUUUUCACACGCAAAAAACACAAUAAAAUGAUGGCAAAUAUUUAUGGCAUUACAGUACCUGAAACAUUGAUCCCAUUCUGUUUACAUUUAUUGUAGUUAUGAUUAUGAUGUUGGGUGACUGUAAAACCAGUUGUCUGUUUUGCAGUAUGCAUGUGAGAUGCUGCUGCUUUCUGCUGUGUUUUAAUGCACUGAGACACUGGGUGCAGUACCAUCAAUCAAUGCAUUAACAUCCCUGUGGGUGUUGGGUACACUACAGAGAACUGUGUGGCACGGCUACCCACAGCCUGCCGUCUCCACUCCCUCACCAGGGUCAAGUGCUCUGUGGAAGGUCAGUGUUUGUUUCUUCCACAGAGUGACCAGCUGACUGUAACCACCCUGUGUACUGAUGUGGAAUUGAAAAUACAACAGCAAUGCUGCUUCUUUGUGAAUUAUAACAUGCAUAUGGUUUUGAAAGUGGCUAAUAUAUAACGUGUAUGAACUCAGCAAAUGUUUUCGUAAGCCUUAAUAAUGAUGAUGGUAUACUUUUUUUUUUAUUGAAACUAAAACAAUAAACAGUAAAUAUAAAUA